AAAAAAAAAAAAAGAAAAAAAGACCCCCAUGUCUGGUUAGUUGGACGAUAUGGGCGCUGGAAUGAUUGCCCCUCUUCUUGUGUUUGCUUGGUUAUGAGCUGGAAUAGAAAAAGCUAUCAGUGCUUCACCCAUCAUUGGUUUUUACAAGAUGAUGAUCCCACCUCCCGCUCCGUCGCUAUCCAGCGUCACCGACUACUACCCAUCCUCCACCACUCUAUCUACCUCGUCCGUGGAUACAGGACUCGCCUCCGAUCUCGCCAGACACGAUAUCCUCGAAGACGACGGCAAUGGGGUCCUCGUCGUGCCUCAGACCCAAUCUCCAAGUGAGAGCCAGUCCUUUAUCCAAACCCCGGCGCCUAGGAUCUCAAAUACCCGUCCGAUCUUCUAUUCGCCACGCGCUUAUUACGAUUACGAUGACUACGAUAACGCAACCAACAACUACAAUUACAACUACGCCUGUCUCUUCCACGUCCUAAACUGCCACGAGACAUUCACCGACAUCGACCACUGGAAAACUCAUGUGCUGAGCCACUUCCGCACGCACCAGCCGCCUCCAACAGCGCGCUGCCCUAUCUGUCCCACAAUCACCUCAUUUACCUCUCCCACCACAAACACCCCCAAUAACAUCUUCACAGACACUCCCCACAUCCGCGCCUGGGACGCCCUCCUCGACCACAUCGACACAGCCCACUACCAGCACGGCCACACUCUAGCCAACACCCGCCCGGAUUUUGAGCUCCUGCGCUACCUGUUUCGGCUGCGCAUUAUCAGCGAGGAGCAGUUUAAGUUGGUGCAGGUGGUGCCGGGGGCGGGGAGUCCGGGGUAUCAGCGGGGGAUAGAACCUGCGAGGGCGAGGAUGGGAAGCGCGGAGGAACCGUUUUGUGCGUCUUAUAGUAGAAGGAGGGAGAGGAGGAUGACGGAGGAGAGGAGGAGGGGAUGGGGUGUUGCUUAAGUUAUCUUCCCCGGUUGUGAUUAUGGUAUGUCGGAGUACAAGUAGAUCGAUGUGAAGUUGUGAACUAUGGUGAGAUGAGACGGGAGUUCAUGUAUU